ACUGCUAUAGACCCAAACAUUUCGUUCUCUUGUUCGGUUUGUUUUUAUUGCAGCGCAAUUGGAGAAUUAAGUUUGUUGUGGUCAUUGCUGGAGUACAUCGCCCACACCCGCCCGCAUCCACCGCAAUCUUAUCGCGAUGUCGCGGGUUUAUCUGCUGCCGGUGGCCACGUACCUGAUCUUCCAGGUGACCUUUAUUGGCACAUACAUUUUUGCCGUGCUGGAGGGACAUGUGGUGCCCACGGUGCCCUACAUUAGCGAUGCAGCCACAUAUUCGCCGGAGAGUUGCGUGUUUGGGCAGCUAAUCAACAUCGGCAGUGUUCUGUUGGGAAUCACCAUCUAUGUGCGCUACCGCCAUGUGCUGCAGCUGUACGAACACCAUCCCGAUCUGGACGCUUCAGUGCUCCGCCAGAACCGGCUGGCUCUGUGGUUCGGACUGGUGUCCUGCCUGGGCAUCAGCUUUGUGGGCAACUUCCAGGAGACAAACGUGCGGAUUGUGCACUUCAUCGGGGCCUUCUGCUGCUUCGGAUGCGGCACCUUGUACUUCUGGAUGCAGGCGCUGAUCUCGUAUCUGAUCUUCCCCAUGUCGGGCUCUCGCAUCUUCGCCCACCUGCGGCUGGGCAUGUCCGUGGUCUGCACGAUCCUGUUCAUCCUGCUGGCGGUCACCGGGGUGAUGUCGCACAUCCUGUUCAAAGGACAGAAUCCGCGGAAGUGGUACCCCUCGGACGGCGGCUGGUACUUCCACGUGGUCAGCACCAUUUCGGAGUGGAUCAUUGCCACCAUCUUCAGCUUCUUCAUCCUCUCCUUCACGCAGGAGUUCCGCGACGUGUCGCUGUCGCAUCCCCAGGUCGCCCUGAUGUCCUACGCGACAACCAUCUAGAUGAAAGCCUCCUAGUCUUAGAGUAGAGAUCUUGCGCUGGACUAGCCAGCUAUUGAUUCCUUUGCCAGCUUCAACAUUUUAUGUAUAAUCCCAGGCGGCAAGGGCACGGCUUUCGAGGAUAAUGCUUUUGUCGUUUGUCCGGAGACUCUGCACUGCGACCGCCGCUCGACUGACUGCCUUCUCUUUCGCCUGCUCUUUCUCUGUCGGAUUGCUGUGAUAUGUGCAAAGUGUUGCCCAAAGAUGGGGAGCCGGUCGACCCGAGUGGAAGUGGCAGGCAGCUGCUUGAUUGAAGAGUUACAUUUAUUGUUUACCCGAGUUCGUUUUUACAUUAUACAUUACAAUUACUAAAUCGAACUAAUCGGUAGAAAUGAUCUGUAAAUCUGUAAAAAUACAAAGCAAUGAAAUAAAAUGAAAAGAAAAGGAG